UUGAAUUCGGAGCGACGCACCGAACGAUCGCCUCGCGCCGUCACGCGUCACGCGUAUCUAGUAUCUACCCUCGUGUACACAUCCCGCCAGAUCUCUGGCUCGGCAGACCCCAAUUUUUUCUAGCUCAAAGUUUAUCGACCCCAUACCGACCCCUGUUGCACGCUCCCUAUUUCGCUCCCCUAAAUCCACGAUCUCCGCGAACUGUGUCACACAUUUUUCCCCAUUCGACUGACCAAGUUCCUUUCCCUUUGUUUUCUUGGCCUGUCACUUAUCCUUGGUCGCCGGAAAGUUCCAUAUCGUAAAUUGCCAAACGGUUUUGCGUCACCGUUAUCUGUAUUCGGGUCAAUUAGAGUCUGUGAACCAUGACACUGCGUUGACAUUGACACACUGGUUCCGAGUGCGGUUGGUGAUUUGUGUUGGAUCUUGGGACACAUGGUGUGGGGGCAGUGGAUGUGCACGCUGCCGACUUUUCGUUCCGACUGGAAUGCCAGCUGCUCUUAAUCUAACUAGGUACAAGAGCGGGGAGCGCUCAGUGAGGGGCGGGGGCGGUGGCGGGGAGGAAGGGCGGCGCGGCGGCCUCAAGGCGCUGCCGAAGCGCGCCCGAACCCGCUGCAGGGUAAUGAACAUGGGGCAAAAGCUCUCCGGCGGUGUUAAGUCCGUGCCCCGCGAGUGCACGGCCCCCUUCAAAGCAGUGGUGGCGAGGGAACUGGCCCCGGAGCCUCCUAGACCAGCGAGGCUAGACGCGUUGUUGGAUGCGCCGCCUGCCCAUCCCGACACGCAAGUCAAGCAUGCCUGGAACCCAGAUGACAGGUCGCUAAACAUAUUCGUGAAAGAAGAGGACGCGUUAACCUUCCACCGGCACCCAGUAGCCCAAAGUACGGAUUGCAUUCGUGGUAGAGUCGGCUAUUCUAGAGGCCUUCACUGUUGGGAGGUCGUUUGGCCCGCGAGGCAGAGAGGCACGCACGCAGUAGUCGGCGUGGCAACAUCGCACGCGCCACUUCACUCUGUCGGCUACCAGAGCCUGGUGGGCGCUACGGAUCAGAGCUGGGGAUGGGAUCUUGGUAGGAAUAAGGUGUACCACAAUGCGAAAGGCACAGGCAGCAGUGGUACCACGUAUCCGGCUCUCCUACGACCGGAUGAACAAUUCCUAGUACCGGACCGAUUACUAGUGGUCCUUGAUAUGGAUGAAGGCACUCUGGCCUUUUGUGCUGAUGGUCGUUACUUGGGCGUGGCCGCUAGAGGUCUCCGUGGGAAGACGCUAUACCCCAUAGUUUCCGCUGUAUGGGGACAUGCCGAGAUCACUAUGAAAUACAUUGGCGGGCUCGAUCCCGAACCGCUCCCACUAAUGGAGCUCUGCAGACGCGUGAUAAGACAGCGCGUGGGUCGUAGCCGGCUCAGGGCUGCGGCGUCUCGCCUCGCCCUGCCCCCGGCCCUCACCGCCUACCUCCUCUAUCGGGCGCCGUAGCACACACCCCCACAUACACACGCGCGCGUGCUGACACAAAACGUGACGUCACGUGACGUGCACGCACACACGCACGUGAACUUGCAAGCGCGCUCUGACCGCCUCAACCGACCGAGCCCUGUAACACUUGUCCGUGGACGUUGAAGUACCGCCAUUACUGCAGAUUUAGUGGAAAAAACAUUUAUUUACCGAAACAGUGGGGUUAUGUUUGAUUUUGUGUUUCAAAGAAAGAACUUUAUGACAAAAAACUCGCAACUUUUUUUUUAUAUAUUUCAUGGUGGUACUGGCGGUGAAGCGUGUGACGUCACAAUCGAUUUUCGUUGCAUAGUAUAAAGUAUAAAUACCGUAUAUGAGAAACCGGUGUUUUUUCAUAUUGAACUAUCCAAUAUGCAUAUUUGGCUUUUUAUAUUUAAGUGAUUCACGUUUAAAGGAGUUUAAACGCUUUUAAAUAAGACAGAAAAAACAUGAUUUGAGUUAAAGCUUAGAUGAGUUUAACAAUUAAAAUUUGCAACAAAUACGUUUUAAUCCGGUAGUUUUAGUUUCUCGCAUACGGUAUUUUUAAAGCACAUAGGCCAUACAAUGUAUAAUAGCGAUGACAUAGAAUUACAGGUGUUUAGAUGUAAAGCUGUGCCUACAAAAUACACGAGCUACCUACAAGCAAGUAACGCUAAAACCCAUAAUGAAGUUGUCCUUACAUUGCUAAUUUAUUCGUUUAUAUAUUUUUUAUGCUUUUCAAUAGCAGUGUGGAGACAACCAGUCGAACCUUGAUAAGACUCCUGAAAGACUUUUUGCCAAAAAGACGAAAAGCCUGAGUCACGUGACCCGCUAACAAUGUAUGGAAAUGGUCACGUGACUGCAGACUUUAAAUGGAAAACAAUAUUUUUUUUAAUGAAUAUUAUUACUCCCGAUUUCUAUAUUGAAGAUAUUAGUUGUAACAGAUUUAAAUUAUUCUAUAAAACCCCUAUCUCUGUCUCUAGAUAUCUACUAAUUAUCACUACUCGUAUCCUCGAUAUAGGAACCGGUAAUUUUCUGUUAUUUCUCAAAAGUUUUUCUCGCUUAUCGGAGUUCGAUAUUAAAAAUCGCUUUCGUUCCAAUCCUCAUAAUUAGUAAUAUUAUAGCAUAAUUUCGAUUCGAUUAAUUGAUACAUUGUCUCGAUUUUUUUAUUUUUAUAUUGUCUGUGAUAGUUAUACUUUAAAUGGAUGACAGUUUAAAAAUAUAAAUACACAACCGAUUUUUUUACAAUUUUAUAUUGCUUUUUGUGGUAGACUUAAGUUAGACGCGACACUGAAAAUUACCAAAACUUAUUUAAUUUUUCAAUUUUCAAUACGAUCUCAGUAUGGGGUCUGCAUCUAGUCAUGCAGGAAUCGUAUUUUAACUAGAAUUAUCCGCUCGCCUCGGAACGUUCACGGAGCGAUUGACAAUUGACUUUGAGUUUGAAAAUGGAAUGCGCUCGAGUGAAGGUCGCUCCCUGAGUUGCCAGCGUUAAAAAUAAGAAAUGUCAUUGUUUAUCUUAUCGUUAGUACUACAGGCCAGUGUAAUCGUUGGCGUAAAUACUAUGUUAUAUUAAGUGACUGGUUUAAUUUAGUUUAGGUGAUUAAUUCCUAUUGUAAAAUGGUGUGAGUGUGAUGUAUAUAUUAUCCGGCUACGCAUACUCGAAUCAUUAAUCGCCGAUUUUAAUAUCGUUUAGUAAUUUCGAGUUAGUCUUCAUAACGUCAUCUGUUGUGACAUAAGAUUAGGUGUAAACGCAAUAAAUUAAUGAGAAUAGUAUUUUUAAAGCACGAUACUAAUCGAGAUGUCAGCCAUUUUCGAUCCAAAUUAGUUAUUAUGAACGCGUAAAAUAAGUACUUCCAUUUUUAAUAGAUUUCUUUCGUAGGAUAUGUCGCAUGUGUAGACCCGCGGGGCCCUCGGCCGGUAUUCAUUUCGGCUUCCAUAUUUUAUAUUCUAUGAUUUUGUGUGAUUUAUUUUGAGCGAUAUGAAUAUCGGUUCUGUGGUUAUCAUGAAACUGCCAAAUGCGAAUUGUACGUAUGGAGUAUGAUUGUGUGAGUAAUGCGGCGUGUGUGUGUUAGAAUGGUAUUUUUUGUUGUGUAAGAGAUAAUAAACAUGGGUAAUGUAAAACACCAAACGACGCAUUGUUGGAAUCCUUUGAGAUGCUCUCACGACCAAAACUUUGCAUUAUUUUUUGCAUGUUUGUCUUUAGGCGCCAGAAAGGAUUGUACACAUUAAUACAAUAUUAUUUGAGUUCUAUGAACAGCGGUUAGUCCUGUAUAUAAAAUAAACAUCGUUUGCGGAGUUCAAUGACUUUAUUAAUAAGUGAAAAUGCAUUUUAGUUUUAUAAGUUGUAGGCAAUAUUUUUAAAGUCAUGUCUAAACAGAUUUCAGAUUGGUAUUCGAAUCUCUUAGAUACAAUGAUUGAGAAAUAGCAAGACAAUUGGAUACAUAAAUAUAACUGGUUAAGAAAUAAAAUGAUAUGAAAUUAGA